ACUAAGACCCGCUAUGGCCUCCGUAGAGUUGAAUUUACCUACAUUAAGCCCAUGCUAUUUUUACAGUGUUUAGUCAAUGCUUUAUUUGCCCAGGCUGCUCUCUGGUAUUUUCGAGAACCAAGGUCGGCAAUUUCUCAAAGGGGUUAUGCCCUUUGCGGGCUUACGUAUAUCGGGGCCAUGUUCAGCAGUAAUGCAAGUCUACGUUAUGUCAGCUAUCCUGCUCAGGUUAUUGGAAAAUCCGUCAAACCUAUCCCGGUUAUGGCGCUUAGUGUGCUUUGGGCAAAACAACGGUAUCCACUCAAAAAGUAUCUCUUCGUCGGACUUAUUACGACCGGAGUCAUUCUUUUUAUGUACAAGGAGGGUACUUCAUCUCAAUCCAAAGCUGGUUUUGGCUGGGGUGAACUACUUUUGUUGAUUUCUCUCUGCCUUGAUGGCCUUACCGGAGGGAUGCAGGAGGAUUUCCGUUCCAGGGGGCAUGUCGGUCCCUACACCAUGAUGCGCAAUCUGAAUUUGUGGUCGCUAGUUUACCUCGGCCUGGUUAUUCUCCUUACGGGUGAAACUCUGCCUUUUGUUGCUUUUGUGCGCAAUUUCCCCAACGUCGCCCUAAAUAUCUUCCUAUUCGGCAUCGUUAGCGCCAUUGGCCAGAUGUUCAUCUACACCACGAUUGUCCACUUCAGUCCUCUGAUGUGCUCAAUUGUCACAACAACGCGCAAGUUCUUUACCGUCUUGGCUUCAGUGUUCAUCUUUGGUCACCCCCUUUCUCGCUUGCAAAUGCUUGGAGCAGCACUCGUUUUCACCGGUCUCCUCGCCGAUCAAGUCUAUGGGAAAUCGAAAAAGCGCCCAACCGCAGCCGGCGCUUCUGCUGUUAAUAGCUGCGCACAUUCCAAUCUGUCAAACUCGUCAAUCCCGUUCGACGACGAAGAUGCCGUCUCUAAAAAGCAUUCCUAA